GUCUGCUCAGAUCCGGCAAGAUCGGAAGAGAUCUGAUUGAAUCAGCAACACAACUUUGUAAGCCAAGAUUGGUCUUAUCUGGUGAGAUCAAGAUAUGUCUGACUAGGUCUGCUCAGAUCCAGCAAGAUCGGAAGAGAUCUGAUUGGAUCAGCAACACAACUUUAUCAGAAGAGAUUCGAUUGGAUCUGCGAUUCAAUAUUGAACGGCAGCAAUGGUCAGAUCUGUCAUCAACACCAGCGGCAACAUGCGGACAGGUAUCUAGUGUUGGCCUUAAUGAAAACGACAAGCAGGCUAUAGUAAAAAAACACAAUGAACUGAGACAAAGAGUUGCGUCGGGUCAGGAAAAGAAAGGGAACCCAGGUCGGCAACCUCCGGCGGUUAGCAUGCCAGAUUUGACCUGGGAUAACGAAUUGGAAAAAAUUGCGCAAAGAUGGGCCAAUCAAUGCAAUUUCAAUCAUGACAAGUGCAGAAAUGUGGAUAGAUUUGCAGUUGGUCAAAACAUAGCCCAAAAAUCCUCUACAGGAGGAAACAAUUUCCCUGUAGAAAGCUUUGUCGAAAUGUGGUACGAUGAAGUUGAUAAGUUCGAUAAAAAUAAAGUUUCCAAAUAUGAAUUUGAUCCAAAUACAGGCCACUAUACCCAAGUGGUCUGGGCUGACACAAAAAAAGUCGGUUGCGGACAAAUAAGCUAUAAAUCCAAUGGCUGGAAUACGAAAUACGUAGUUUGCAAUUAUGGUCCAAGUGGAAAUUGGAUCGGUCAGAAAAUAUAUGAAGUUAAAAAAUAAAUUCGAUCAAAAGAUUAAAGAUGUAAUAUAAAAAGUAAUGGCACGAAAGAAAAUGGAAAAGCAAAUAAGAGUUGCAAAUAUGUCUUGUCAGUAGAAACAGACAGUUGCAAUUGUUAUGUAAUGAUAUUAACAGAAGGCGAAAUAACGUUUUCUUCUUUCUUUCCCUUUCUUCCUUUCUUUCUCUUUAAUCAUCUACUGUUAAAUAUCAAGUUUUCUUGCAAGCUUUUCUUCUUAAAUAUAACUUUUUAACGCAAGACAAAAAAUAAUAACAUAUGUAAUUUUUGUUGU